AUGGUUACCACCGAGGAAGGCACACAUACUGUUUUUGACGGGACAAAACUCUACACCAAGACUUGGAAGUCUGACACUUCCCCGCGAGCUAUUGUGGCGUUUGUCCAUGGGUUCAGUGAUCAUUCUUUGGCGUCGCAUGGCAUUGAGGUCAGGGCUUUCGAUCAACGAGGCUGGGGUCGCAGUGUUACCACACCGAAACAACGCGGUCUGACGGGUCCAACGUCUCUGGUUCUCUCUGACAUACACUCCUUCUUGCUAAGUCUGGUGCCGCUCACGAAAACUGCAUCGCCAUCAUCGCCAAUCCCUCUUUUUCUCAUGGGCCAUAGUAUGGGCGGCGGUGAGGUCCUGCAUUAUGUCCUGAACCCAGCUUCCCCAUACCAUAAACAGUUCUCAUCGCCCAACCGAGGACAAGAUACCGUUACCCUCAAGGGGGUCCUCGCGUUCUCACCGUUCGUCGCGCUUCAUCCUUCCUCUCGACCACUGGGAAUUACCGUCGUGCUGGGAAGGCUGGCAGGGAAGCUGCUGCCGCGUUUCCAUCUGCGCAACCAACUCGACCCGAAGUUUCUGUGUCGGGACGAAAAGGUAUGCGCUGAUUACGUUGCUGAUCCUCUCUGUCACGAGACAGGCACAUUGGAAGGAUUGGCGGGGUUAUUGGAUCGGGCAGCGUGGCUGGAAAAGCUGCCUGCGUCGUCGUCCUCGCCCUCCUACGCUGCUGCAGAAGAGGCAGUCCCACCGAUCUGGAUCGGGCACGGAACUGAUGAUCGAAUUACGAGUUUCGAUGCCACAAAGCGUUUUGUGGAUGUUCUGAGUGCCCGGGACAAAACUUUCAAGGUCUACGAGGGUGCAUAUCACAAACUGCACGCGGAACCGUACAAUGUGAAGGAACAGCUUGUCAAGGACAUUUCGGACUGGAUUUUGGAACGGAGCGGUACUCUUGUUUCCUCGACAUCUGUGGAUGAGAAUGCCGCAGUUUCGAAUACGGUGGAUUCCUCGGCCACAGAGGAUCAAACCCAAGAAGUUGAUAACAGUACCCAAAAUGACAAAGCAAAACUGUGA